AUGGCGGAAAAACAGAGCGGUGUGAAUGCGUAUUCCUCUGCAAAAAAGAAACAAUUGCCAUCAAUUGAAGACCUCAUUCGACAGGGAAAGGAUCAUUUAGGUGAAAGAAAAAGAAAACGAAAGCCAGUGCACUAUGAGUUCAGUAAUGACCCAACAACUGGUCGGCGCAAUUGCAAAAAUACAUAUACGCCACGAGGUCCAACUAGUCGAUCGAGAGAAAUUAUAGCGCAGUCAGUCGGAGACACAAGCGCCUUUUAUGAUCCUGGGGAAAGUAUUGACCCAUUCAUUGAAGGCAAGAGUUUUUCAGUAUUAUAA